UACGUUUUGCCGCGGCGAGGUGCACGUGUGGGCGGCGUUCAAAAAGAUCUACGUUUAUUUCACGUUCCUGACCUCGCCCGCCUAUAAAAGUCCUCGUUGCUCCAGGGCGUAGCUCCGUUAUCCUGGGGGGCCUAUGGGGGUGCGGGGUACAGGCACCCAUCGCUCUGGGACACCUUGCCUCAGUGCUCAUCUCUGUCAAAUUAAAGACUCAAGAGCUGUGUGAAGAAGCUGAGCAGCGUCUCCCUGGCCUGGGCGUGGAGUGAGCUGGUCCCCUCAUCACCAGCACCAUAGACCAGGGGAUGAGGUGCUCCUGGCCCUCCGGCACACCCUCCUGGGCGGACCAGAGGAUGUCCACUGUGCUGGUCAUUCCACACUCCUAUCAAGGCCGUGCUGGACAGGCUCAGUGACGACUCAGACAUGUCAAACAUCUUCCCUCAGAGGCACUGACAGGCUUCUACAGUGGUAGGGCUGAAGCGACACAUCCUGGCGGGGGGCACCUUUGACAGCCCAGAGCACACCUCCGCCCCCGCCAGCAACCUCAUCACCCGACUGCUAGUUCAGGACCCAGCGCAGUGGUCCAACCCAGAAGAGAUUGCUGCCACGAGUACCUGGCUAGUGCCCCCCCUGACCUUCAGUGACGACCCCGACCCCAUGGAGGCUCUUCAAGGUGGUGGAGACCCUGUUGCACGUUCAUCUGGUGGUGGAGUUCCCUGGUGGCGGCGGCGGCGAGCUGUUCAACAUCAUUACCACGGAGGGACGCAUGACGGAGGCACGGGCAGCGGCAGUCUUCACACAGCCGGGCCUCAGACAGUGAGUGCCGGGUGCAGCAGGAGGCGCUAACUCUCCCCUACCCGCUGUUUGUCGCGCUGAACAUUGGCCCGGCGCUUGUGGCUGCCUUCCUCGGCUCUUAUGUGGAGCCCGUGGCUGCCGGCAGUGGCAUCCCGCAGGUCAAGUGUUACCUGAAUGGCGACAAGGUGUCCCGCGUGGUGAGGAUCAAGACCCUGAUGAGCAAGGCAGUGGGGGUGACCUUCUCUGUGCUGGGAGGCCAGGCCGUGGGAAAGGUCAGGUCGUGGGCAAGGUCUGUGGCCGUGAGCUGACCACCAAGAUGCUGCUGCCCACGGUGCCAGCCAUGGCCAAGGGCAGGGUGGCCAAGACUACAGAUGAUGGGCCACUCCUAGACAAAGAGGACCUGGACACACUGUUCUGCGGCACCAGCAGCAGCAGCCUGCACAUCCAUGGCCUGCAGGAGGAGGACGAGGGGACGUACAGGUGCCGGGCGGAGAACAGGGACCUGGACACACUGUUCUGCGGCACCAGCAGCAGCAGCCUGCACAUCCAUGGCCUGCAGGAGGAGGACGAGGGGACGUACAGGUGCCGGGCGGAGAACAGGGAGGACUCGCUCGACGCCGUGGCCCACAUACAGGUCCAAGUUGCUCCGAGGUUUCUGAGGCAGCCGGCCAACGCUCUCGCCUAUGAGAAGGAGAACGUGGAGCUGGAGUGCAGCGUGUACGGCCAGCCAGAGCCCUCGCUCCACUGGCUCAAGAACGGCGAGCUGCUGGUGGAGACGGAAUACCUUCAGAGUGUGAGCGGCAACAACCUGCAGAUCCUUGGCCUGGUGCGCCAGGAGUACACCGGGAUGUACCAGUGUGUGGCGCACAGCUCGCCGGGGACGCCCAGCUGUGUGUCCUUGAGUCAAAGAACGCGUCCAGAACGUGAGUGCAGCUCCUCCAGCGAGGGACGGGAUGAAUACAAGACCCAGAUCAGCGACCUAAGUCCCGGGAGUAACUACAUGGUGCGGGUGGCGGCCCACACCUCCGGCGGCCUGGUGGGCGCCUCCAUACACGAGGUGCGGGUGUUCACCAAGCCGGACCUGGACCUGCCCUCCGCCUCAGAGUCUGAAAGUUGUCUCCACCUCACCCACCAGUCUGGAGGCCACUUGGUCGCCGCCCGUACUGGCCAAAACGCCCAUCACGGGAUACACCAUGUUCUAUACGCAGUUUUCUCCUCAGGUUGGGUCAGCAGAAGAACACGAAGUAAAGGUCACUGGUACGUCACAUGACCUCCAAGGCCUGGACCAGUUCACUGAGCACAGCGUGUGGCUCACCGCCGUCAACAGUAAUGGCGGGGGAGACGCCACCCCGGAGGUCACUGCCAGAACCUUCUCAGACGUGCCCUCAAAGGAGCCUCAGAAUGUGAGCGUUGAGGCUGCCAGCUCAAGGAGCCUCAUCAUCUGCUGGGAGCCUCCGCUGGCCGAGCACCAGAAUGGGAUCAUCACCAGCUGCAAGAUCCGCUACAAAGAGCGCGGCGAGUCAGGUUCCUCCAAGACCAAAGCCACAGACGGAAACAGACGACUCUUUGCCCUCAAGAAAAGCACCACAUACUCCAUAAA